CAUAAGGUCUGGAGAGAAGCGUUAACCACUUAUUCAAGGAAUGGGCGUACGCUGGAAAUGCGACUUAGACAAACCCGUCCUCGUCAACAACUUUAGGAGGCGUGGCUGGAUUGAAGUCACCGACACUAUAGAAGAAGCUGAUGGCUGGGACUUAUGGUGGGCGAACGUACAGAACAUCAAAGCUCUUUUCGGUGACAACCUUACAAGACUCCAGCCUCACCAGCGCGUGAACCAUUUUCCCAAUCACUACGAGUUAACUCGAAAGGACCUGCUGGUGAAGAACAUCAAGCGCUACCAGGUGCAAGCCAAGCGCGAGGGAGGCAACCCGGAUGACUUUGACAUCAUCCCCACCACUUUUGUGCUGCCUCAGGACUACAUGCUCUUUGCUGAGGAGUUUCGGCGCUGCUCAUUCCAGCAACAGCAGCAACAACAACAACAGCACAGCGGCGGCGGGGGCUGCGGCACGACGUGGAUCAUGAAGCCUUCCUCCAGGUCGCAGGGCAAGGGCAUUUUCCUCAUCAACAGGCUCAGCCAGAUCAAGCAGUGGAGUGUGAGCAGCCUGCCUCCGGCGCUGCGGAACGGCUCCGACAACUACGUGGUGUCACGCUACAUCGAGAACCCGCUGCUGAUCGGCGGCAAGAAGUUCGACAUGCGCAUGUACGUGGUGGUCACCAGCUUCAAACCGCUCAAGGUCUACAUGUCUCACCUGGGCUUCUGCCGCUUCUGCAACGUCAAGUACAGCUCGGAGGUGGGCGAGCUGCGCAACGAGUUCAUGCACCUCACCAACGUGGCCAUCCAGCAACACGGCGAGGACUACAACGAGCAGCACGGCAACAAGUGGCCGCUGGAGCUGAUGCGGCUCUACCUGGAGGCCACCCGCGGGGGGGAGGCGGCGGACAGGCUCUUCACGGACAUCGAGGACGUGAUCCUCAAGUCGCUGCGCGCCUGUCAGAACAUCAUCGUCAACGACCGGCACUGCUUCGAGCUGUACGGCUACGACAUCAUCAUUGACGAGCAGCUCAAGCCCUGGCUCAUAGAGGUCAACGCCUCGCCCUCGCUCACCACCACCACGCAGGCUGACAGGCUGCUGAAGCACCGAGUGAUCAGCGACACGCUCAACAUCAUCACGCCGCCCGACUGGCUGGCGCUCACCGACCCGGCGGGUCUGCCGCCGGACAUGCGGGAUGUGGACCCGGCGGAGUACCCCUUCCGCGAGCGAGUGGGCAGCAUGCGCCUCAUCUGCGACGAGAGCGAGGACUACCAGCGCUUCCGAGCCGCCCGCCAGGCCAAGGAGGCUCUAGCAGCGGCGGCCGCUGCUGCUGCUUCAGGCGCCAACACGGCGGGUGGCGCAGCACUGCGAGGCAGCCGGGAGCGCUGUGACACCCGGGGCUACCCGGACCGAGACGACGGCAUGGUGGGCUGCUGGGGAGGACGAGAUGGCGAGGGAGGUGUGGGCAGUAGGAUGAUGCCCACGGAGACGUCGCGACGGCCUCCGCGGCAGCAGUCGGCAACGGCAGCAGCAGCGGGAGCAGCACGGGCGUACCACCACGCCGGGAGCGCGAUGUCGGCGGUGGGGGAUUGGGGGCGGUCGUCGCUAGGGGUGGUGUACGACAGAG